UGAAUUGCUAACAAGCGGUCGGUUUCGAGACUCUACAGCCUUACUCAUAAGUGCUGUAUCUAGACGGGUAUCGGACUCUAGAAAACUUAGAAGGGAUGCGAAGGAAACUGGAGGUUUUUUUCCGAAAUCAGGGCUAGCAAGACCAUUUUUUUCAGAAGCUCACAGCCGCUAAGGAAUCUCAGGCUCCUCCUGAGUCCUCCACAGCGUGAGCGAGAGUCCCGUCUCUAUCAUCAAGGAGACAUCAAGGCGGGCCUCUCUAUCCCGCCUGGUGAGGCUGCGCAUGAGCAGUAGUUGAAGCGUCGGAAAGAUGGCCGAGGAAGGGGAAAGAAAAAAGAUUCCUUUGGUUCCCGAAAAUCUCCUGAAAAAGAGGAAGGCUUAUCAAGCCCUCAAAGCCACUCAGGCCAAGCAGGCACUUUUGGCAAAGAGAGAGAGAAAAGGGAAAGAAUUCAGGUUUAGACGACUAGAAUCUUUCGUACACGAUUCCUGGCGGCAGGAACGAGACAAGGUGCGCGUCCGGCGACUAGAAGUGAAGCCCCGUGCUUUGGAGGUGCCUGACAAACAUUCCUUGGCCUUCGUUAUCCGCAUGGAAAGGAUUGAAGGAGUGAGUUUACUGGUAAAGAGCACCAUCAUGAAUCUUGGCCUGAAGAAAUUGUUCAGUGGCGUAUUUGUCAAGGUCACCCCUCAGAGUGUAAGAAUGCUGCGCACGGUGGAGCCUUAUGUGACCUGGGGAUUUCCAAAUCUGAAGUCUGUCCGGGAACUCAUCUUGAAACGUGGACAAGCAAAGAUUAACAAUAAGACGGUCCCUCUGACAGACAACACAGUGAUCGAGGAGCAUCUGGGGAGAUUUGGUGUCAUUUGCCUGGAAGACCUCAUCCAUGAAAUCGCCUUCCCCGGGAAGCAUUUCCAGGAGAUCUCUUCAUUCCUGUGCCCUUUCCUCCUUUCUGUGGCCCGCCAUGCUACCAAGAAUAGAGUGGGCUUUGUCAAGGAGAUGGGCUCCCCUGGCUACCGGGGAGAGCGGAUCAAUCAGCUCAUCCGGCAGCUCAACUAGAGCAGGUUUUCCAAAAGCACUCACCGGAAGUGUUUUUGUUUAAAAUUACCAAGUAUCUUCAGAGAAGAUUUCUUUCUGCCUUCAGAAACUGAAGGAAGGUCCAGAGAAGGACAGUAGGGUGUGAGCAUUGGAGACACUUAUACAGCCCGUCCACGGGAAGGCCAAGUGUUCUCCACAUUGGCUGACCAUCUCUGGAAUCAACGCAAGCUGUGGACGAAAGCAUUCUGCCUUCUCUGUUUUGGAAUUUAAUGUUGGACAACCAGCCCAAACAUCCCUCCCACCCCUCCAAGACUCUUAAAGCAGUGGGCAUACCAAAGGACACAUUUGAAUCUGAACAAAAAGGGCCUUGAUUUUACUUUAUAAUUUUGUCAGGGUGAUAAUUUUGUCGGGGUGGGUGGUUUGUUCAAGGUCUGCCUGUAUAGCCCUGGCUGGCCUUAAACUCCACAGCAGGCCUGCCUCCUCCUCCUUUUCCUCCCCCUCCCCUUCCCCCUUCCCUCCCCUCCCCUCCUCCUCCUCCUCCGUGCUGGGAUUAUAGGCGUACAAGCCUAAGGGCUUGUUCCUUGGACAGAAAGGAAGAAAGGUGACAAUGACCAUGCUCGGCCUUGUGCUGUGAGGCCAUGGUGCAGCUGCACUGUCCGCUUUGGAACCUCUCGGGCUUGCUGUCCCUGAGUCAGUGUAACGGCAUGUGUACCCUGACCCACAGUGGCAGUCCUUUCCUGUAACUCAGGACUUAGGAUGGGGGUCCCUAUGCUGCAAAAAAACAUACAUGCACACAUCCGUGCAGUGUGCUGCGGACUCCGUGGCAGUGACACACAGCACCUUAGCCCCUGGGAGCUGCUUGUUUAUGUGCAUUGGUCUAUUAAGCUGGUCUCAUUCUGUGCUACAGGAGGGGACUGAAGUUUAACCGUUUGUUUUAAGAACUGGUGGUGGGUCUAUAUCUUUAAUCACAGCACUUGGGAGGCAGAAGCAGGUAGAUAGAUCUGAGUUCAAGGCCAGGCAAGCCUGCUCUGCAGAGUUUCAGGAUACCCAGGGCUACACAGAAAAUGUUAAAGAUAAACAAAAACUAAUGCAGUGAUAGACUGUUGUUUCCUAAACCACAUGUGCCCCAGAAAUGCCCACUAAAUUUUGCCAUUGGCAAAAUUCCCCUGUCUGCCCUUAAAGCCCCCACUAGGGGUCCACAUUUCUAAUGUUUGCCUUGAGCUUUUUAUAACCUUGGCUCCAUGGAGCCUUCAGAACAUCCCUGUGAGGCUGCCGGGCAUCAGUCAGUGCCAGCGCGGGCGUAGUGGAGCUCACCUUUACUUGCAGCACUUAAGAGGCAGGGGCGGGUGGACUGCAUUCAAAACAGUGCCUCAUUACUAGGCUAGUGGUUCCAGAGAGAACCUGCCGGAGAUCAGUGGUUAUAGUACAUAGCAAACAGUCGCAGCUGUUGACAUUCUGGGAUCUAAGUCCGGCCUCUUCCUAACUCUGGGAGAUGUUGUUGGAGUGCUUGCCUCCCGGGUGAGCUGAGCUAAGGCUUCCAUUUCAGGCUUGCUCAGAAUUAAAAUCAAGUUUUUUCCUAUAUAGUAAAAGAUUACUUCUGAGAUUCA